GCAUUUUGACUUUCGGUUCAGAAACGGUUCAAGUGUUCAGUAGCGCUUUGAAUUUCCGUCAGUAAAGAGCGCCAGGUUUUGUCAUCGUCAUGCCCCCGAAACUUGAUCCUAGUGCUGUCACUUAUUGUUAUCUAAGAGUUAUUGGUGGUGAGGUUGGUGCCACUUCAUCUUUAGCACCUAAAAUUGGUCCUCUCGGAUUAUCACCGAAGAAGGUUGGUGACGACAUUGCAAAGGCCACACAAGAAUGGAAAGGUUUACGUAUAUGUGUCAAGCUCACCAUCCAGAAUCGACAGGCAACCAUAAGUGUAGUUCCUACUGCGUCUUCCCUGAUAAUCAAGGCUUUGAAGGAAGAACCACGUGACAGGAAGAAGGUGAAGAAUGUUAAGCAUACUGGCAAUGUGACAUUUGACGAAAUAUUGGAGAUUGCGCGAACAAUGCGCCCAAGAAGUAUCGCUCGUGAGCUUACGGGGACAGUUAAGGAGGUCCUUGGGACUGCCCGGUCAGUCGGUUGUACAGUUGAUGGAGAGUCUCCUCAAGUGAUCAUCGAAAAGGUGAAUGCUGGAGAGAUUUCAGUACCAGCAGCAUAAACUUCAUUAAACGUUUGGUACGUG